GCACCGCUCACCACGCCCACCUCGAUACCCAUUUCCCACGCCCAUUGCACGCGUAUCCGCAUCACCGCGCAAUCAAACAGCCUCAUCCUCAGCAAAAAAUCAGUCAAGUACGUUUUGUCGCUUGUGUGGCAUUCAUUGAUGCUUCGACGACGCAGCAUGCCUGCCCUUUCCAUCAACAAUUGCAUGCCAAUUGUCGACAGUUACGGGUGCCGCACUCGCUCUGGCCAACGAGCAUACACAUCCGCAUAUCCUGCUCGUGUUUUUCGCUCUGCAGCUUGUCUGAAGUUGGACAAGCCGCAGUUUACCAACGAAACCCGUGGGCUUGAUCAGUCAAUUCAUACGCGCCGCGAUACAAUCUCUUGUUAACCCAAUCCUAACAGUAUUCUUAACCUGCAGAUUAGACAAUAUGCCCAAGGCCGCCGCCAAAAGCAAGACCACCGGCAAGGUCGAGAAACGCCGCGCGAAGAAGGACCCCAACGCCCCGAAGCGUGGCCUCUCUGCCUACAUGUUCUUUGCCAAUGAGCAGCGUGAGAAUGUCCGUGAAGAGAACCCAGGCGUUUCUUUCGGUCAGGUUGGCAAGAUCCUUGGAGAAAGGUGGAAGGCUCUCAGCGACAAGCAGCGUGCCCCCUACGAGGCCAAGGCUGCUGCCGACAAGAAGCGCUAUGAGGACGAGAAGCAGGCGUACAACGCCGAGGCCGACGAGGAGGAGUCUUCCUGAAUGAACCCUUCUCGCCGACUCGAUUGCGCUCGCCGAAAUUCAGUCUUGAAAAUUUCACGUUGAUAUUUGACCGGAGCAAGACACUGCGAUCAGCAAACGAGGCUUUCUUUACUUGACCUUGUAUUUUGGGACGGACGGUGUUGUUACGGUGCCAAGGGAUUUCCUUUUUUACGCCAUGGUUUGCACGAGCUUUGCUAUGAUCAAGGGACAAAGCUAUCCCUCCAUUGGGGGACCUAUCGAAUCAGUCAGCUUAUUCGCUGGCUAGCUUGUACAACAAAUCUCAGUUUUUGAUAUUCGGGAACAGGUGCGCACGCAAUGGCAGGGGAUCAAGAGUUGCCAUGGAUGGACUUGCACGAUUGCGCGGCCAACGAUGAUGUAUCGCCCACGUCGUAUAAGGGUUCAAAUACUGGUUGACGCUUUUUUUUUUUUGGGGGGGGGGGGGGGCGGCGCGGAACUGGUUAAUAUAGGCUACUGCUCGAACGAUCAAACAGCCCCAUUUGGCGCAGUUGCUGUUGUUUGUCGCAAGAUUAUAUACUUCCUAGAAUUCGGUCAAGACAAGUGAUUCAAUG